AUGUCUUUCAAAGGAGUCUUUUCUUUAAAGCCUGGCCUCAGUGCCCUCUCCAUCUGCUGUGCACUUUUCCAAACAGUGCAAGGCAUUUCGCUUCAAGUAAACAAGAGCGGCGGAAAUGCCUCAAGUUCCUUGAUGUAUGGCUUCAUGUUUGAAGAUAUCAAUCACUCUGGUGAUGGUGGCAUCUAUGGUCAAAUCUUGCGAAACAAUGGCUUACAGGGCACAGCGCCUGAUCUGACCGCAUGGGGUGCUGUUGGUGAUGCCACAAUUGCGAUUGACUUUGACAAUCCUCUCACAACCGCAAUCCCACACACCCUACGCCUGGACGUCGCCAGUGGAACCAGUGGUACUGUCGGUGUUACUAACACAGGAUACUGGGGAAUUCCAGUGGAUGGAAGUGAGCAUCAGACUUACUUCUGGAUCAAGGGUGAUAUAAGCGGCGACAUUACUGCAAGCCUGGUCGGCAAUGGUACCGGGACAAUUUAUGGCUCGACAUCAAUCCCUGUUUCUUCCACCAGUGACAAUUUUACAUAUGUUGACGCUUCUCUGUCGACGGAAAAGGCACCAAAUGGAGAUGUCUAUUUUGAGCUUUCUUUGGAUGGAGCUGAGGUGGCUGGCUCCUCGCUCUAUUUCGGUCUUGUUCAGCUGUUCCCUACCACUUACAAGGACCGGUAUAACGGUCUCCAGCCUCGCAUCGCUAAUGUCUUGGAAGCCGUCGAGGCAUCUUUCCUGAGAUUCCCAGGUGGCAACAAUCUCGAGGGAGAGUCACUGGAUAAUCGUUGGAAGUGGAACGAAACUAUCGGACCCGUCCAAGAUCGCCCUGGACGUGAGGGAACUUGGAGCUACUAUAAUACAGAUGGCCUUGGUCUUGAUGAGUACCUUUACUGGUGUGAGGACAUGGGUCUCUCACCAUUGCUGGCUAUCUGGGCUGGCUUUGCUCUAGAGGCUGGUGCAGGUACCCCUCUAACUGGUGAUGCACUGACUCCUUAUGUCAACGAUGUUCUGAAUGAGCUCGAGUAUAUUCUGGGUGAUGCAAGCACAGCAUACGGCGCAAUCCGUGCUGCGAAUGGGCGAACAGAGCCUUGGGACGUCACCAUAGUUGAAAUUGGCAAUGAGGAUAACUUGGGAGGUGGCUGUUCCAGCUAUGCCGAGCGAUUUACCGCAUUCUACGACGCCAUUAAUGAGAAAUAUCCCGAUGUGACUCUCAUCGCCAGUACCAACGAUGCGUCUUGUUUGCCAAGCCCUAUGCCGAGUGGAGCUAUGGUGGACUACCACGACUACAACACGCCCGAUGGACUUGUGGGCCAGUUCGACUACUUCGAUAACAUUGACCGCACCAGCUCAUACCUUGUUGGGGAGUAUGCCCAAAAUGGUGUUGAGUACCCAAUCAUGCAAGGCGCCGUUGGUGAGGCAGUCUUCAUGAUCGGUAUGGAGCGCAACAGCGAUCUCAUCAAGAUGGCUUCAUACGCUCCCCUUCUACAGCUCGUGAACUCUACUCAAUGGACUCCCAACUUGAUUCCAUUCACCCAGAGUCCUGACAAUGUUGUCGAGACUACAAGCUACUACGUCCAGCAGAUGUUCUCUGUGAAUCGUGGGGACACAAUUAAGGAGGUAACCAGUGAUUCGGCGUUUGGACCCGUCUACUGGGUUGCCUCUAGCGCCAGUGAUUCAUCGUACUUUGUCAAGCUGGCGAACUAUGGCAGCGAUACUCAAGACUUGAGUGUCAAUAUUAAUGGAUUGACCACUGCGAAGUUGACUUUAGUUGGUGAUGACGACCCCCAUGCCGCGAAUACACCUGAUGAGUCUCCAGUUGUGCCUGUGCAAUCAACUCUCAGCAGCUCAAACGGCACGUUUACUUUCACUUUGCCCGCUUGGUCAGUUGCUGUGUUAGCAGCUAGCUAG